AACGCCCCCAACACCCAUCACACAUGUGACCCGAGAUAGACUCCGCACAUUUCUUCAACAAGGGGCUGUGGUGAAGUCCUCAGGAUUGUUGGACCAACGCUUUUAAAAGGUUUUAACAGUGUGAAAAUACCUUCCAACAGCCAUGAUGGAUAAAGAGGAGAUCAGUGACACUGACAGUGGGAUCAUUCUCAACUCUGGUCCCGACAGCCCCACGUUGCCAGUCAGGGACCUGACCACCCACACCCGGGUCAUGAGGCUGAAGCACCAGGCUCUGGAGGACAGGCUGGAGCUGUGUCUACUGGACCUCAAGAAGCUCUGCAUUAGAGAGGCUGAGCUGACAGGUAAGUUGUCUUCAGACUACCCCCUACUUCCUGAUGAGAAGCCCCCUCGUGUCCGAAGGAGGAUAGGAGCUACCUUCAAACUGGAUGACAGUCUCAUCCACCAGGAUGGAGAGGAUUCAGAGCUUCAUUCCUUAGAGGCAGACCUGGCCUUGCAGCUCCAGAUCGUUGAAGCGGCUCGUAGACUCUCCGUGGAGGAGCACCUGUCCAAACCACAGAAGAAGAGCAGGCUGCAGCAGUGUAAGAGGGAAGAUAGGAAAGUCAAGGAUCUCCAGGAAGCUGUGUAUCAGCACAGGAUCAGAAACAAGUGCUCCUCUCCACCAACCAACAAGAACAACAACACUGCCAAACACAGAGAUCUGUGCAUAUCUGACAGCUCCCUGUCUGAUGCAGUGGCCCUGGACGAUGACUCUCUCUCUUCCUCAUCAUCUGUAGACCCACUCAUACAGUCCUCUGUGGGCUCCCUGUCCCUCCAGUCCUCCUCCUCCCAGGGCAGUCUCCAUCACACAUCAGCCCAGAGCCAGAGCCUCGGCUCCAAUUGCGGUGUGGAGCAGACCCAGACCUCCAGUAUGGGCUCCAGCUGCAGUGUGGAGUUUCCUGAGCGCUCCCCCAUCCAGAACUCCCCCUGGAGAGAGUCUAAUCUGGACCAGUCCUAUCUGAAACCUAACACACCUCUCAGAAGUCCAGUAGGGAUCCCAGUAGGGACCCCAGUGUUCCCUGCAGACAGCAGAGUCCUGCCCUCCCACUUCCCCUCCAUUAAGAACAUGGCUCUGAGACAUGGACAGAUCAACUCCUCCAGCGCCCCCUCUACUCCAGAGCUGCACCUACGCAGACAGUACUCCCUGUCCUUCAGGCUUCCCAGAAGUAAGCCCACUCAUGACCUGGGUGAGGGACGUGGGAGAGCCAGGUUGCCACGCCGACGGCCAGAGUUCCUGGUUCGGUCUCCACAGUACGCCCCCCAGUGUCUGUACCAGUCCAGCUCUGAACACUCUGUCCCCUCCUACACCAACCCCCAGCGGCUGUACCAGUCCAGCUCUGAACACUCUGUCCCCUCCUACACCAACCCCCAGCGGCUGUACCAGUCCAGCUCUGAGGACAGCAGCUCUGAACACUCUCUCCCCUCCUACACCAGCCCCCCCAGCCGGGACACGGACAGAGAUAAUCACAAAGACAGGGAGGGCCCCGCAUCUCCCGAGAUCCCUAAGCUCUGCCCUCCUCCCUAUGGCUUCCACUACGGAGCCCAAAGUCCCACCAGCCCUGCGUUGAAUGGCUCCAGCUUUCACAAGAAAAACAACCAGCACCAGUCCUCUCCCAGCUUGAGAAGAAGAAUGGCAGAGGAAGGCACCUGUUCCCCUCUUUCCCCACAGGGCCUGGGCAGUCCCCUGGGGAAGGGUCUUUACCUGUCCCCCUCCCGGCCCCUCCAGCCACAGCAGCAGCACAGACACUGGCAGCAGGGGCCCCCACCGUCAUCCCCCAGGAGAGUUCUGAAGCCUCCACCCCCCUACACUCGCCUGGUACAUACCCCGUCACUGAGGGAGUACCCCAACCAACCUGCCCGGGUGUUGCCCAGGGAGAUGUUGUCAGACGAGCUCAAGUCCUGGAACCAGUUCCAGAAGUCACGCCCGAGUUCCCUGGAGCGCCAGGGGUCGUUCAGAGUGAAGAGCCCCACGUCCCCUCACCUCCUCCCGCCCUACCUGCAGGGUCCACAUCAGAAGCGGAUCCUUCAGAGGGCUGCAGAUGGAACUCCUGUACAGUGGUUUGUUGAAGAGGACUCAGAGAUCGUCAGCCAGGUGUAACCACAUCCAUAUACUGUAUACGGUACACAAUAUAUAUCAAUAUAUAUGCAGUAUAUGUCUCUGUCUGUAACCAGGGGGAGUUUCCCUACUGCAGUAUAUGUCUCUGUCUGUAACCAGGGGGAGUUGCCCUACUGCAGUAUAUGUCUCUGUCUGUAACCAGGGGGAGUUUCCCUACUGCAGUAUAUGUCUCUGUCUGUAACCAGGGGGAGUUGCCCUACUGCAGUAUAUGUCUCUGUCUGUAACCAGGGGGAGUUGCCCUACUGCAGUAUAUGUCUCUGUCUGUAACCAGGGGGAGUUGCCCUACUGCAGUAUAUGUCUCUGUCUGUAACCAGGGGGAGUUUCCCUACUGCAGUAUAUGUCUCUGUCUGUAACCAGGGGGAGUUUCCCUACUGCAGUAUAUGUCUCUGUCUGUAACCAGGGGGAGUUGCCCUACUGCAGUAUAUGUCUCUGGUUGUAACCAGGGGGAGUUCCCCUACUGCAGUAUAUGUCUCUGGCUGUAACCAGGGGGAGUUCCCUACUGCAGUAUAUGUCUCUGUCUGUAACCAGGGGGAGUUGCCCUACUGCAGUAUAUGUCUCUGUCUGUAACCAGGGGGAGUUGCCCUACUGCAGUAUAUGUCUCUGUCUGUAACCAGGGGGAGUUUCCCUACUGCAGUAUAUGUCUCUGGCUGUAACCAGGGGGAGUUGCCCUACUGCAGUAUAUGUCUCUGGCUGUAACCAGGGGGAGUUUCCCUUCUGCAGUAUAUGUCUCUGGCUGUAACCAGGGGGAGUUUCCCUUCUGCAGUAUAUGUCUCUGGCUGUAACCAGGGGGAGUUUCCCUUCUGCAGUAUAUGUCUCUGUCUGUAACCAGGAGGAGUUGCCCUACUGCAGUAUAUGUCUCUGUCUGUAACCAGGGGGAGUUUCCCUACUGCAGUAUAUGUCUCUGUCUGUAACCAGGGGGAGUUGCCCUACUGCAGUAUAUGUCUCUGGCUGUAACCAGGGGGAGUUGCCCUACUGCAGUAUAUGUCUCUGGCUGUAACCAGGGGGAGUUUCCCUUCUGCAGUAUAUGUCUCUGUCUGUAACCAGGGGGAGUUUCCCUACUGCAGUAUAUGUCUCUGUCUGUAACCAGGGGGAGUUCCCUACUGCAGUAUGCUAUGCUACACACGAGGAGGGAAGGACUUUCUCUAAACUAUUGAGUAUGUCUGUAUUUUUUGAGUCAAUGGACUCUCUGUGAGAUUAUAUGUCCCUGGUGAGGGACAACUGUCCUCGACAAAAUGAAGAAGACCUUGGCUCCAUGGGUAGUUGGGUACCAUGAUAUGUAUCUAGCUUGACCACUAUUUUAUCUAAUGCUUUAUGCAAAGCAAGUUUGACAUUUCUAUAUAAAAGGCACUUUGCCAGUUUAUUUAUUUUAUUAAAAAAAUUAAGUUAUUAUUAUUUCAGGUGUCAAUUAGAUUAUUUUCUUCAGGUUAAAUAUGAUAUGUUUUUGUAACAAGUUUCAUAAAUUUGUUAAUGACUAUAAUAUCAAGAUAGCUUACUGUAGAAGUUAUGUGUCUGGCACACAUAUUUGCACAACAAGAUUCACGUAGUUUCCAAAUGAAGUUACGCCAUUCUUAAUAUAAUUAUUUUUUUAUUUAAUUUCUAUAUAUUUGUUUUCUUUCUUUAUCUAUUACAUCGGGAGUAAUAAAUCUGCAACAUUCCUAAUAUAAUUAUGUAUUUAUUUAAUUGAAUGUCUACAUUAUCUUUGUUUUCUCUAUCUAUUAACUUAAGGGAUCCUUUAGAAGUAUAGGCACAACUGUCACUAAAUCCUUAAUAUAAUUGUAUUAUAUUUUUUCUUAACAUCAUUUAGAAAAUAGAAGUAGAAAAUGCUAGAAAGUGUCUGUUUCUCUGUAAGCUGUAGUACAAUAACAUGAAAUAAGCUUUUAAUUUAUAUUAACCUAAGAUGCAUUUGUUUCUAAUUGGUUUCUUUGAAGCAUAAUUGUGUUGGAGGUUUUCACUGCAUUGCGGUUUUGUUGUGGUACUAACCAGUUUAUUGUCUACGUUUUGAUAUCGUUUCUAUUUUUAUAAUUAAAAGGCUUGAUAUGA